GAGAGAAAAGAAGGUAAGGAAGAGGAAGUUGGUAAUAAAUGCAUGAAAGAAAUAAUAACCCAACUACCAAGCACAUAAAAAAAAAAAAGCACAGAAAUAAUAAAUACUCCUCCUCACAAAACAAUGGCAGCUUAGCCACUUACAACAAUAUAACCUAAAAUUAAAAACUAAGGUCCCCCAUUCCCAUCUAUCUAUCUAUCUAUCUACAUUACGUUACAUUACAUUACAUUAUCUCUUCAUUUCAUUUCAUACACUAUCCUCCUAAAUUCUUUAUAUAGUUAGCUGGUUUCAUAACUGCUUCAUUUUCUCUCUCUUUUUCUCGUCGUCGAUAAUGUGGAAUUCGACGGCGGAGAAUGUGUUUGCGAGAUCAGAGUCGUUUAGAGAAGGUGGCGAAGAUGAAGAAGCACUCAAAUGGGCGGCACUUGAGAGACUUCCGACGUACACUAGAGUACGUCGUGGAAUAUUUCGGAAUGUUUUAGGAGAUUCUACGGAGAUCCAUGUUGGAAAACUUCAAGCUGAUGAACGUAAACUUGUUUUGGAUCGUCUUUUUACCUCUGUUGAGAAUGAUCCUCAGGUUUUCUUCGAUCGAAUGCGCCGCCGUUUUCUUGCGGUAGAUUUGGAAUUUCCAAAGGUAGAAGUUCGCUUUCUGAACUUGACAGUAGAGGCUAAUGUCCAUAUUGGAAGCAGGGCAUUGCCAACUAUUCCUAACUUCAUUAUCAAUAUGUCAGAGGCUUUCUUGAGGAAGUUGCAUUUAUUCCCAGGCAAAAGGAAAAAGCUUACCAUAUUAGAUGAUAUAAGUGGAAUUAUCAGACCUUCCAGGUUGACCUUGCUACUAGGACCUCCUAGUUCUGGGAAGACCUCUUUGAUGUUAGCUCUUGCGGGACGUCUUUCACCUGGAUUGCAGAUGUCAGGGAAAAUCACAUAUAACGGGCAUGAGCUCCGAGAGUUUGUUCCUCAAAGGACAUCAACAUAUGUAAGCCAACAGGAUUGCCAUAUAGCAGAGAUGACUGUUAGGGAAACUCUUUCCUUUGCUUCACAUUGUCAAGGUGUUGGAAGCAAGUACGAUAUGCUUCUAGAGCUUGCGAGAAGAGAAAAGCAAUGUAGACUAAAACCUGAGGAAGAUCUUGACAUUUUCAUCAAGGCAAUGUCUCUGGAUGGGAAAGACACAGGCCUUCUUGUGGAUUAUAUUCUGAAGAUUUUAGGUUUAGAUAUAUGUGCGGACACUCUUGUGGGUGAUGAGAUGCUUAAGGGAAUUUCUGGUGGUCAGAAGAAGCGGCUUACAACAGGUGAACUAUUAGCAGGACAAUCUCGAGUGUUGUUUAUGGAUGAAAUAUCGAAUGGACUUGAUAGUUCAACUACUUACCAAAUUAUUAAGUAUCUCAAACAUUCAACCUGUGCACUGGACGGAACCACAGUGAUCUCCCUACUACAGCCUGCUCCAGAAACCUAUGAACUGUUUGAUGACAUAAUACUCUUAAGUGAAGGUCAGAUUGUUUAUCAAGGACCACGUGAUUCUGUUCUUGAUUUCUUCACAUCCAUGGGAUUUACUUGUCCUGAAAGAAAGAAUGUUGCAGAUUUUCUGCAAGAGGUUACAUCAAAGAAGGACCAACAACAGUAUUGGUCUGAUCUUACUCGUGCUCAUCAGUAUGUUCCAGUAGAAAAAUUUGCAGAAGCUUUUCGCUUCUUCACUGUGGGAAGUAAUUUGUGCCGCGAACUAUUUACUCCAUUCAACAGGCGAAAAAGUCACCCUGCAGCUCUAUCCACUUCUUCAUAUGGUGUCAGUAAAUGGGAACUUCUUAAGAUUGGAUAUACUUGGCAGAAGCUCCUAAUGAAAAGGAACUCUUUCAUCUAUGUCUUCAAGUUUAUACAGCUGGUCUUUGUUGCUUUCAUCACAAUGACUGUUUUCUUCCGAACAAAGAUGCACCAUGAUACAAUUGAUGAUGCAGGCCUGUAUAUUGGUGCUCUCUACUUCUCCAUGGUUAUAAUUCUUUUCAAUGGAUUUACAGAGGUCUCCAUGUUAGUAAUGAAACUUCCAGUUUUGUACAAGCAUAGGGACUUGCACUUUUACCCUUGUUGGGUAUAUAGUAUUCCUUCUUGGCUCUUAAGCAUCCCAACUUCACUGAUUGAAUCUGGUGUUUGGGUCAUAGUCACAUAUUAUGUGAUCGGUUAUGAUCCCAACAUUGCAAGAUUGUUUAAGCAGUUCUUGUUAUUCUUUCUCCUACAUCAGAUGUCUUUGGGACUUUUCCGUGUGAUGGGAUCUUUAGGUCGAAAUAUGAUAGUGGCCAACACAUUUGGAUCCUUUGCCAUGUUGGUUGUGAUGGGUCUAGGUGGAUACAUCAUUUCAAGAGAUAGCAUCCCAAAGUGGUGGGUCUGGGGUUUCUGGAUUUCUCCCCUCAUGUAUGGUCAAACUGCAGUUUCUGUGAACGAGUUUCAAGGUCAUUCCUGGGAUAAGACAUUUGGGAAUGUCAGACUAGGUGAAGCUGCACUGAGAUCAAGGAGCUUGUUUACAGAAAGUUACUGGUAUUGGAUUGGAGUGUGUGCAAUGGUUGGCUACAUCGUCUUGUUCAACGUCAUGUUCACAAUCUUUCUCAGUUAUCUUCAUCCCCUUGUUAAGAGACAAGCUGUAAUUUCUAGUGCUGAAUUCGAAGAGAAGGAAAGGAAGAAAAGAGGCGAAAUUAUGACUAUCCAGUUGAGAGAAUUAAUGCAGCAUUCAGGUUCAUUAAAAGGAAAAGCAUCUACACAGAGGGGUAUGGUUCUGCCAUUUCAAUCACUAUCAAUGUCCUUUAGCAACAUCAACUAUUACGUGGAUGUUCCUUUGGAGAUGAAACAAGAAGGCAUAUCAGAGGAUAGAUUACAGCUGCUGGUUAAUGUCACUGGAGCUUUCAGGCCUGGGGUGCUCACUGCAUUGGUUGGUGUCAGUGGUGCUGGUAAAACAACUCUAAUGGACGUAUUAGCUGGCAGGAAAACUGGUGGACACAUAGAAGGGAGUAUUUUCAUAUCUGGACAUCCGAAGAAGCAAGAAACAUUUGCACGAGUAUCUGGUUACUGCGAACAGAAUGAUAUUCAUUCCCCUUGCUUGACUGUUUUAGAAUCUCUUAUGUUUUCUGCGUGGCUACGAUUGUCAUCAGAAGUUGACUUGCAGACACAAAUGGCAUUUGUAAGUGAAGUAAUGGAACUUGUGGAACUCACUUCCCUAAGUGGGGCCUUGGUUGGUCUCCCUGGAGUUGACGGUUUAUCAACAGAACAAAGGAAGAGGUUAACUAUUGCAGUUGAAUUGGUUGCUAAUCCGUCGAUAAUCUUCAUGGAUGAGCCAACAACUGGAUUGGAUGCAAGGUCAGCAGCAAUAGUGAUGAGAACUGUGAGAAAUAUUGUGAACACUGGUAGAACAAUUGUCUGUACAAUUCAUCAGCCAAGCAUAGACAUCUUUGAAUCAUUUGAUGAGCUUCUAUUUAUGAAGCGUGGAGGACAAGUCAUUUAUGCUGGCCCACUUGGACCAAGAUCUUGCAAGCUUGUUGAUUAUUUUGAGGCAGUGGAAGGGGUGCAAAAGAUCAAGCCGGGUUAUAAUCCUGCAGCAUGGAUGCUUGAAGUUAGUUCUAUGGCAGAGGAAGCACGUCUAGAUAUAGAUUUUGCAGAAGUCUACAAAAACUCGCGUUUAUUUCAAUAUAACAAAGAGUUGGUUGACCGUCUCAGCAGGCCACCUAGUAACUCUAAAGAAAUAAAUUUCCCGACAAAAUAUUCUCGAUCAUUCUCUGAUCAAUUCCUGACUUGUCUUUGGAAGCAAAAUCUGUCUUACUGGCGGAAUCCUCAGUAUACUGCAGUUCGCUUCUUCUAUACUGUUAUCAUUUCACUGAUGCUUGGAUCAUUUUGCUGGAAAUUUGGCUCUAAAAGGGAAAACCAGCAGGAUAUCAUUAAUGCAAUGGGAUCACUAUACGCAGCGGUACUUUUCCUUGGAAUUACCAAUGCUACAGCAGUGCAGCCUGUUGUUUCCAUUGAAAGAUAUGUUUCCUACAGAGAGAGAGCUGCAGGGUUGUAUUCAGCUUUACCUUUCGCCUUCGCACAGGUAGCCAUAGAGUUUCCUUAUGUUUUUGGGCAGACGAUUAUUUAUGCAGUAGUCUUCUACGCUAUGGCCUCGUUUGAGUGGACAGCUUUGAAAUUUUCGUGGUAUAUAUUCUUCACGUACUUCACAGUACUGUACUUCACUUUUUUCGGAAUGAUGACAACUGCUAUCACACCCAAUCACAACGCCGCUGCCAUAAUGGCUGCUCCAUUCUAUAUGCUAUGGAACCUCUUCAGUGGUCUCAUGAUUCCUUACAAGAGAAUUCCUGUAUGGUGGAGGUGGUAUUACUGGCUCAACCCAGUAGCCUGGAGUCUUUAUGGUCUUCUUACUUCCCAAUAUGGUGAUGAUAGCAAGUUGGUGAAGUUGUCCGAUGGGGUUCACUCGAUACCUACAUGGCAACUGCUAAAAGACGGCCUAGGAUUCAGGCAUGAUUUCGUGGCGAUUGCUGGUGUUAUGGUAGCCAGUUUCUGUCUGUUGUUUGCUGUCAUUUUUGCUUAUGCUAUAAAGUCAUUCAACUUUCAGAAAAGAUGAUAGAACACUCUAUAAUGAUACUCUCUUCUUCAGGAAUUAUGUAAGGAGUAAUAUGUAUAGCAAACAGGUAUUUACAUAUAUAGGCCAUUCAUUUCAUACUUUGGAUAUUGAUUACAAUUUGUUAUUACAUGUUGGAAGGAAAUAAAUAUGCAAUGCACCCCACCAAUA